UGGGGUAACUCUGUCAUGUUUUAACUAUUAUGAAACCAAUUCUUUCCUCUUGAUCCUCUUCAUUGGCCAUGGCCAUCGCACUAUCUUCUUUCAACAUUUUCUUCACAUUUCUUCUUGUCUCUACUUUCCAUCUGGGGUUUUCUUUUUCUGCAUUGCAAGAAAACCAUAGUAAUGGCACUUAUUCUGGCCAAAUCAACUCAAACUCCGUUCUUGUAGCCCUUCUCGACUCUCAUUAUACAGAACUAGCUGAACUCGUUGAAAAAGCACUUCUUUUACAAACCCUUGAAGAUGCUGUUGGUAAACACAAUAUCACCAUCUUUGCUCCUAAGAACGAAGCUCUUGAACGCGAUCUUGAUCCUGAAUUCAAGAGGUUCUUGCUUGAACCUGGCAAUCUCAAGUCUCUCCAGACUCUUUUACUUUACCACAUUGUACCCAACAGAAUCAAUCCUAGCCAUAACUCUUCUCUUCAACAUCACAGCACUUUGUGCCGCGAUAGAGUCAAACUCAGCAGUCAGGAAUCCGGCGAGAAGUUAAUAGAUUCGGCGAAAAUCAUUCAGGUGAAUGCAGUGGAGAGGCCAGAUGGAGUGAUUCAUGGGAUAGAAAGGUUGCUAAUCCCACGAUCUGUUCAGCAGGAUUUCAACAAUCGCAGGAGUUUGCAAUCAAUCUCAGCUGUGAAACCAGAAGGAGCACCAGAGGUUGAUCCAAGAACACACAGGUUGAAGAAACCAGCACCACCAGCAAAACCCGGUUCAGCCCCGGUGCUACCAAUCUAUGAUGCAAUGGUGCCCGGCCCAUCUCUUGCCCCAGCUCUAGCUCCUGGUCCAGGUGGACCUCAUCACCAUUUCAAUGGAGAAAAACAAGUUAAAGAUUUCAUUGAAACCCUUCUUUUAUAUGGAGGAUACAAUGAAAUGGCUGAUAUUCUUGUGAAUCUAACAUCAUUAGCAACUGAAAUGGGAAGAUUGGUCUCUGAAGGGUAUGUGCUAACAGUUUUAGCCCCAAAUGAUGAAGCAAUGGCUAAGCUUACAACGGACCAGUUGAGUGAACCGGGAGCACCAGAGCAGAUAAUCUACGGGCUGAACAUUGAGGCAUCAAAAAAACCCAAAAAAAAUUAACCCGGGUCUCAGCCG